AUGGCUGCCAGAGAAAGGAAGUCCCCAUUGGUGAACCUGAUUGCCGGAGGAUCCGCCGGCUUCAUGGAGGCAUUGAUCUGCCACCCUCUUGAUACCAUCAAGGUCCGCAUGCAGCUCGCCAAGACCGUCGCCCGCAGCGCCACCGGCCAGAACUUGUCAUUCUUGGGAGUCGGUUUGAGGAUCGUGCAGCGCGAGUCGCCCUUGGCUCUCUACAAGGGUCUCGGAGCUGUGACGGCCGGUAUUGUACCCAAGAUGGCGAUCCGAUUCACGACCUUCCAGUUCUAUAAGGACGUCAUGGUCGACAAGGACGGCAAGCCCUGGAAGCUCAACAAUCUCUGGGCUGGUCUGCUUGCUGGUGUGACAGAGGCCGUCCUGGUCGUGACCCCCAUGGACGUGGUCAAGAUCCGUCUCCAAGCCCAGCGCCAUUCGAUGGCUGACCCCCUUGACAUUCCCAAGUACCGCAACGCCGCCCACUGCGCCUUCACCGUUGUCCGCGAGGAGGGCUUCGGAGCCCUCUACCGUGGUGUCGGUCUCACCUCCCUCCGUCAAGCCACCAACCAGGCCGCCAACUUCCCCACAUACCAUUUCUUGAAGGGAUACCUCCAGCGCCUCCAGGAUAUCACCGAGUUGCCCGGCUACCAGUCGGCGGCCAUUGGACUUAUCUCCGGAGCUAUGGGUCCCCUUGUGAACAACCCCAUUGAUAUUGUCAAGACCCGUGUUCAGAAGACGCCCAACCCUGAGGGUUUGAGCGGCUGGGCGAGGUUCAAGGAUGUUAAUGGAUCGAUUCUGAAGAAUGAGGGAUGGAGGGCGUUCUAUAAGGGUGUUACACCUCGUGUGCUGCGUGUUGCUCCUGGACAGGCGGUUACGUUUGCAGUCUAUGAGCGGGUCUCUUCGUGGUUGGAUUCGAACUCUGACCGCUUCAAGCUUGCCACCGCUACCGCCAAGUAG